CCCACCCGCGCCGCCCCGCCCCGCUCCCGCCGCCGCUCACUAGGGUUUAGGGUUCUCCCCGCCGCCAGCCGCCGCCCGCGAUGGAGGCGCUCCGGGAGGCGGAGGCGGAGCUCACGGUGUACGUGCACCCCUCCAACGCCGCCGACGUCCACCGCGCCGUCCGCCGCCAGCUCAGCGCGCUCCUCUUCUCGUACGAAGAGCGAUUUGAUGGCGUGUUGCUGGCUCAUGAAACUCAAUUAGUCGAGGUCGAGGAGCGCGAGGUGGAAGAUGAAACUGUAGUCGAGGGUAAGAAGAAAACCAAUAUCGUAAAAGCCAAAAUCCUGAAUGGCUUGGUACCGUACUUCGGCCUGCGCGUGCAUGCGAACCUGCUGCUCUUCUCUCCCCAGCCAGACAUGAUCCUGGAAGGGAAGGUUGAAAUGCUCGGGAAGGAGUCAAUUCAUGCCAUUGUGUUGGGGGUUUUCUCAGUGGCCAUUAUGUCUGACGAUAUUCAUGAAAAGUUCAAAUUCAAAAGGAGAGGUGAUGGCGGGAGAUUUGUGAGUCGUUCAGAUAGAGAACACAUGAUUAAAAAAGGAACAAUGAUAAGGUUUUCUGUCAAAAGUGUGGAUACAGAAAUGAAUUGUCAUAUUACUGGAUCUUUGAUCCCACCCCAGACUGGAUCCAUGCGUUGGCUGUCAGCACACGAUGCUGAAUAUGCUUCACAAAUCAACAGUGGUAAAAGGAAGUCAAGGGAUAUCAGCAUCAAAAUUGAGCAGAAUGAACAAGAACACAGAAUACUCCAGAACGAAAAUAGCAUGGUAAAAUCUGAACGGCCACACAAGUCCCGAAAGAGGAGCAUUGAGGACCGAUAAUUCAUUGAGGUUGUGAAGAAUUUUGUUUGAAUACAAGAAUGUUGCUGGAUAGUUGAGAAAACUAAGCAAAGGGUGAUGAAGGCCAAGCACUUGUAUGUGGAAGUAAUGUUUUCCUUCAAUGAUUCUGCUGUCUGUUAAUGCUUUUUUGGGGAGAAGAUGCAUCUCCAGUUCAAGGAGUGGUGCUUAGCCUAUUCAGAACAUGCUUCCCCAGUUGCUUUAGAGAAGUGUACGAUGAUGUAAAACAAUGAUGAUUGCAUUUGUAAGAGGUCCACUUUGCCCACCAAACAGUUACUGAUCUCAUCGAAGAAACUAAUGUUUAAUGGCAAACGAGGCUGCUUUUUUUGGUG